ACUGUCAACAGCGAAAAGCGCGCGCGGGCUGUCUAUUUGCUGGUAAAGUUGGAUUCGGAAAAAAGCAAAACCGAAAGUGUUUCUUUCUCUUCCCAGUAAUCGGGCUGGAAAAUGGUUUGACGCGGAGCGGGGGAAGAAGUUCGGAGUAGUGUCUGAUUCGGACGGUUAGAAAAACGAUCGCGACUUUGUUGUUGGUGGUGGUGGUGGAAACCGAGUGAGUGAAACAGAACAAUCAUCGGUGUCGAAUCUGGUUGAAUCAUUUGGACUUAGGAACGUUGUCCUACGGCACACACCGAAAGGAGGUCUGUGAGAAAGUGCAAACUUCUCUGAACCACUACGACCCCCCUCCACCCUCGAAAGGGACAGCUACAGCGUGAGUGGAAGCGGGACGGACAAUCUGCCGUUGGGUUCGAAAGAAGAAGUUGUUAAUAUAUAACAAGUUGCAUCAUAGUCUUAAGACUUCAGUCUUAAGAAAGUGAACUGCCAAUAAACAUCUUUCGCAAAUCAAAAAAAAAACAGAAAUAAAACAAAACAGCGCUUUUUGACAGAACGGGACCUUCCGGGAUCGAGUAGCCGAAGCAGCAGCAGCAGCAGCAGCAGCAGCAGCAAGGAAUUCCCACCGGAAAAGGACUUUUUGGAUUACAAUGGAUUAUUUUUAUUUCUGGAUUUACAACAGGAAGAAAUGUGAAUGCAUUCAACAGAAUCUGUGAUAGAAAUCGGGUGUUAGAAAUGGACUGUUGUGAGUAAUGAGGACUGACAAGGACUGACAGUGAAACUGUGCAAUAACGGAAGAAAAUUUACGGUGCAAUUUGGCGAUUCGUGAUGGUUUUUAGUGCAAUAAAUCAGUAAAAGGUUUCGGAUUUUUGGAUAACCACUUGAAAGAAGUGUUUUCUGGAGUGAUAUUUGUGUAUAAAAUAUGGAAUCGCCUCAAAUGUACGAUACAAAUCAUAUUCAAGUGCGCAGUGAUAUCAAAAAGCUUACGAUGGCAGCGAACAACAAUAGUACCAAUAACAAUAAUGCAGCAACACCAAACAACAAUAACUCACCAACGGCGAUCAAUCAGAACACGUUGGCACUCAAGCAACAGCAACAGCAGCAACAACAGGCUCAGCUGAACCCGAUUGUGCAACCAAAUGGGAACGUGUUAACCAACGGAAAUCUACUAUCGAAGCAGAUGCUCCAGCAAAUCCAGUACUCUCAAAGUGAGCUGGAUGAGCUCACAUCUCAGGAAAUAUCGUUGGACCUCCAGCAUCUGAUCGAUGAUCAGUUCCGUGAUCCGGAGGCACUUGGUAUCUUCACCGAAAUGGUUACUGUUGGCAGUACCAAUGGUAACGUAACGAACCCCUUGGUACAGACGGCUGCUGCGAAAGCCCUCCAGCUACAGCAGGCCCGGUUGUCUCAGCAUACCAACGGGAACACCAAUUAUCAACGAUCUCUGGCUUACAUGCCACAGCCAGUGCACACUGGUGCCACCUAUGCAAACAACUCCAGCGAUGAGAACAGCAGUGUCGGUUCUUCGGACUCGGCCAACAUCAAAGAAGAACCCGUCGAUCCGAACGAGUACCGUCGCCAGCUACAGCAAGCCACAGGGGCUCAGUUUAUGGGUAAUACAACCUACCAGCUUGCUGGUGGCGGUGCCGGUGGUGGGGGUGUCGGAACGGGCAACUACGUGACCAACGGAAAUGGCAAUACCUUCUCGAACCUGACUCCGGCGACCGUGUUACAUCACCAAGCCUUGCCACACCUUGCCGGGGCAGCCCAUCUGGCAAACCUUACCAAGCACAACAAACUGCUUCCGCAUGUGUCCCGGAAAUCCCAGCAAAAACACGUCGACAAAGGAACCGACGAGUACCGGAGGAGACGUGAACGGAACAACAUUGCCGUUCGGAAGUCCCGCGAAAAGGCCAAAGUACGAUCCCGGGAGGUCGAGGAAAAGGUCAAGACUCUUCUGAAGGAGAAGGACGUCCUGCUGCGAAAGAUCGAGGAGAAGAACAACGAGAUCCAGCUGUACAAGCAACUCUACAUGCAUCUGAUGAACCACAGCAACCCGGAGAUCAACCAGAUCUGUCGCAGCGCGCUGAAUCUUUCGAACAUGGGUGAUCAUAUGUAGGAUUAGUGAUUUUAUGUAACCGAUUCUCCUCCCGCUUCUUUUUCGUCCUACUCCUACUUUUCGACAUCCACCACACCCACGCUGCCGUUGAAGAAGUGGUCUGUCUAGCUUGUAGUAAAUUAAAUUGCAUAAAUCGCAUUACUUAGUGAAACGUAGUGGAGCGAAACGUUUGUAAAUAUCAUUCGAAAACUGAAGAACAAGUGUGAACUCAUGCAGCAAAUGGCGAUAGUUUAAUUGAAUUAACCCUACCUUUUUGAUGAACGUUUAGUACCAAAGACAGUAUGUGUAAAAACUAUGUAACCCGCCGGACUCUAAUCCCAUGAGGGUAGCCCAAAACGGUAGCAAAGAGUAUGUUAAAGCUGUGCGAGGCAAAGCAAAACUUGAUUUGGAAAUGGAUUACCUGUAAAUAGACUUAUUAUUAUUUACCGUGCAUACUGAACAGCUGCUGAAGAACAAGAAAGUUAUAUUUUCUACCUAACACAGGACAGCUUCGACAAGACUUGUUUUUACUUCUAUUACCACCCUUUUUUACCGAUAUAUUUUAUUCGUUUGUGAAUGUUGAAUAAAUGUUUAAAAAACGGUUUGAAAACAAAAUAAAAAAAAAACAAGUGUUAUGUUUGAACGACAGAAAGAAACAGUCUCAUUUUGUUGAAUCUACUCGAACUCUCGCACCUUUUUUUCUGUAAAAUGCUUUCCUUCGCAGCGCGAACCCAAGGUCAGUCUUGAAAUGCCUCACAUUGGCUUCCGUUUCCCAUCGACAUACUUCAAACCAAUGUAUACUAUUAUCCUAGAAUCCUCGAAAACUAAACUAAAACGUGAUUGCAUGAAACGAAGUUACCAAUCUCAGUCCGUUAAGACACUAUUUUUUUGUCGCUGUAAAUACUAAAUCGUGUAACAAUCUCAUCUUGUCAAUCAGUAUCAACUCGAAAUCGAAAAGACAUUGUUUAUACUGUAUAAAUUAAUACUAAAAUCGAACAACACACACGGAAAUCGUUUGCAAUAAUAAGUAUAUUUCAAUAUCCUCGAGCGGCGAUCUAGGCUAAUUUUACAUAGAGAAAGUGAUCUAGAAUUCUAAUGAAAAUAAUGACAGUAGCACGAACCGUAGUGAAACCGAAAGUGAACUGAAAUUUUCAAUCACACAUACCGAUACAGACACGCAUAUACGUUGACUUCAAACUCAAGACUCGUGGCCUUAAGGUGAAAUAUACAUAUAUUUUUCGAUAAAUAUUAAUGACCGCAGAAUGUAAAUGAUAGCUCUAUAUUUUAAAUACAUCAUUGACUAAUCGGGAAACUGAAGUCCGAGUUGUUAUCGCUAAGGUUCUUAAUUGUAGCAGACGUGUCGUGAAUUACAGAGAUAAGUUAGCAGAAUUUUGAAUGUUUCAUUACAUUACUUUCGGUAGGUAUUCGAUUAAAAAAACGAACAAAUAAACAAAAACAAAAAAAAAACUGGGAUGCGAGUUUAACUAGUUCUUGAAGCAAGACUCUCAAGUUUCUAUAAUUAUAAAGAAACAAUCACACUUACACAUAGAAAAAGUUAAUGAACACACAAGUACUGUAGUUUUCUCAGCUUGAAAAGUCUGUUUUGAAAA